GACAUCACCCCGCGUAACGCGGAUCACCAACUAGUAUUUAUAUAUGAUGGACUUUAUGAGUGGUGAUGGUUUUUUUAUUAGAGAAGCUCAUCGCAGGCUCUCCUGUUCUAGAAAACAUUACCAUGGAAUUUAGUACAUAUGUGUCGCAGAUUUUAUUUCCGGGGGGUCAAUUCUUUUUGGACCAAUGUGUGUUUAUCAUCGACUCUGAACUGUAUUAAGAUUAACAAACAGCUUAUGGCGACGGAAACUGGGAAUAAACUAGUGAAUUAUUUUCUUGAGAAUUCAGCAGUCCUCAAGAAACUGACUCUGAGUGGCAAAAAUUCUCAUACGACCAAUCAAAAGGCAGAGAGCUACAACUACAAGAAGCUUCUUACGUCCACAAAGCUUUCUCCCAAAUGUCAAAUUGUUUUCUAUUGACCUGGCCAUUGUCAUUGGAAAUCAGUGUAUUAAUUACCUUUCUCCCAUAUAGCAUUUUAUUGAUAAAAGGCUUUUCAGGUUUAACUUGAGACACAUAGACUAUUCGAUGAUAAUUUCGUCUUCAUGUAUGGUAAACGUAUAGGGCUGAUGAUCCCAAGUUUGUUGGUAUACUACUACGGGGUCUCAAUAAGAUGCAAACAUUUAUUACAAAAGUGAUUAUCUUUUGUUAUCAUAUGAUUUAUGUAGAAAAUCUGUAUAAGAUCUAUUAGAAUUUGAUUUUAUGAUGCUG